GGGAGAUUUUCUAAAAACAGGUGAGUUUGUGUAGUUGUUUUGUCUUUUCGAUUGCGGUUUUCACGCCUUUAAAAUUUAUUUUCUGGAUCAAAAUGGUACUUCAAGAGAUUUUAUUCGGCACUUUAAUCGCCUGCUCCUUUUUGCACGUCGAUGCAAAGAGAAAAGAAACCGUAAUCCUGGUUUCGUUUGAUGGCUUUCGAUGGGACUAUCUCGACAUGAAUCGAACGAACACGGACCAUUUCAACUCCAUCGUGAAGGAUGGGGUGCGAGCCAAGUAUGUAAGGAACGUUUUUCCAACGGUAACAUUUCCUAAUCAUUAUACAAUUGUGACGGGGCUUUACCCCGAGAGCCAUGGAAUUAUAUCAAACUCGAUGUACGACCCAAUUGCAGACGCUACCUUCAGCAUGCGAACGAACGAUCCAAAAUGGUGGAACAAAUUUGCUGAACCUCUGUGGGUGACCACCGAAAAGCAGGGACAAAAAAGUGGCAUGUGUUAUUGGCCGGGUUAUGAUGUCGAUUACAACGGUUGUAAACCAUCCUUCACCCCAAGUGGGUUGAGAUUUAAAAGACCCUUUGUAGCUCGGUUUGAUGAUACCAUGCCUUGGAAAUCGCGUGUCGAUUUGAUCAUGUCAUGGUUAAAGAACCCUGAUCCACCGACGUUUGUCACGUUGUAUUUUAACUCUCCUGACGAAGCUGGUCAUUGCUGUGGGCCAGAUUCAGUUAACGUUACGGAAGAAAUCAGGAAGAAUGAUGAAAUUACAGGGUACUUAUUGCAACAACUGGACAAAGACAACUUACUGGACAAAGUUAAUUUAAUUGUCACGGCAGAUCACGGAACAGGAACCUUUAAUUCAAGCACAGUUAUUAAUGUUGAAGAAUUUCUUCCCUCUAGUAGUGAAUAUACUAUGUGGGUAAAUGCGGGAGCUUACUUUCUUUUAAAUGCUAUCAAUGUGACAAAAACUUAUAAUCGCCUUAGGAAGGCUGGACAAAAACACCCUCAACUAAAGGUUUACCGCAAAGAAGAGCUACCAGAUGAACUUCAUUUUAAACACAACAAUCUUAUACCUGAAAUCAUUGUGAUCAUGGAUGAGGGUUGGAUUGCACGCAUUUCAGGUGAUGAUAAAGAUGUCUCCAAACAUGUUACGUUCACUAAAGGGGCGCAUGGUUGGAUCCCAUCUGCGUCGUCAAUGCAUCCUUUCUUUAUAGCACGUGGCCCAGCUUUUAAACAAGGUUAUAAGUCUGGUCCAAUUGAUAUGGUAGACAUCUACCCCUUGAUUUGCCAUUUGCUAAACAUAGAACCGUUACCAAACAAUGGAUCACUUGACCGAAUUGCCCAUCUUCUUAAAGUAUCACCUUCGUCAAGCUCAGAUAUGCAUCAUUGGCUCAAUACUGGAGAAAUUAUUGCAGUUGUUAUUGGUUCAGCAAUAGCUAUUACAGUUUGUAUGUAUGCAGUGCUAAUGGUUUGGAAGGAUCGCCGGCAUGUAAAUAGACAACGACAGCCUACAGAUGGUGCUGUGCCUCUGCUUUUUGGUGACCCAGACGAUGAGAAUGUUGCUUAGGAUUAAACGGGGGUGGGGGGAGGAGGUGGUGAAUGGUAAAUGCAAGACUUUGAGAGAAGGCGAAACCAGCAUUUUCCUUUGCGAGCCAGAGACAUUUUGAACCCUUCAUUUGCAAGACCAAGAGUUACUUCUAAGUGUUUUAAAUACAAGCUUGAGAUGUUCAGGUUCUAAGACGGUUAGAUGUCACUUAUAUUUAUAUGAAAAAAGAAUCAAACAAAUCGGUACUGUGAGACAACUGUCCGAAAAUAUUGAGACUAUGAGACUCACAUAACCACUAAAAAAAAAACUGUGAGACCUGUCAGAUUCGACAAAAAGUUUGCAUAUCCCAUGGUUUUUGAAGGACAUACGCUAGCCUUAAAGGGAUAGUUUCAUGGUUUGGCACAUGUGCAAGUUAUGAAUUAGUCCACCCAAUGCCAUUGUUGAUAAACCAACAGCUGUGAGAAGGUAACACAUCUGUCCGGUCCAGAGUAAAACCAUCUGGCUAGAAAACAAAAUUCAAUGUUCAAUGCUAAAUUCAACAUUUUUUUGUGUAAGUACGUUGACAUCUUCAUUGAAAUUUGUGCAUCAGUCAUUCUGCUAGCCUUCGAGUGGCCAUAUGGCUGUAUAAAGGCUUUAAUUCUGCUUUCACAAAAUUAGUCUACGAGUACUGAAAAUGGACACGUUGUACAUGUAGUUGAUACAAAAAUGUAUCUGUACUUUAUACAUGGAGUCGGAACAUGCCAAAGGAACUCUAAUGAGAAAACUCACCUUUAUUGUCAUGUUUUUUGCAACUGACUGAGAAAUUUUCAAAGGCAAGUUUCCCGCAAGAGUCAUCUAAAUGCUUCCAAUUGUCUUAUAAACAAUGGGUUAACAUCGUAGCUUGCACAUGCCCCAAGCUGUGAUACCUUCCCUUCAAAAGUUUCAUUUAAUAUUGAUAAAAUUAAAAUGGUAAUAAUGGUAAUUCACAAACAUUGCUUCUCCUAAGCACUGUUACUUCAAGCAACUGAGCUUAAUUAGUCAGAGUAGUUGGCCAAUUUCACUAUUUGUGGGCCACAUUUGACAACCUUAAACACUGGCACUUAUCUCUGGUUUCAGUGGCAUGCCUAAUAGCAGCGACUGGGAACAUUACUCGCACCCCUGGAUGCGAUGCUAGUUCAUGGUGGGAUUAUCCCCCAGCAUUGAAUUCACCAUUACCCAUUCAUACACCUGGGUGGAGAGGCACUGUGAGAGUAAAGUGUCUUGUCCAAGAGCACAACACAAUGUCCAGUGCUUAUUCAGACACUCAGCUCUGUAAGUUUUUAAUAUUGGUUUUCAAUGGAAUGGAGGACCACAAGUUGGGGUUUUUCUUAUGCACAAUGCGUGAGGGGUAGAUUCUUGCAGGAAGUCUAUUUGUAACUACCAGGUAAAGUAUUGAUUGAAAUGCUUUUGAUAUUUGUGUAAAAGGUGCAAAAUGAUUUUUAUUAAUACCAUAGUUUUCCUAUAGCAACCAUCUGGCUGGGGUUGCUCGAAAGGUGGAUAAUGCUCUCCACCAGAUAAAUAAAUCACUAUCCAGUGGAUAGCAUGGUUUUGUUUUGUCAACACUUAUCCACUGGAUAACAAUUUAUCCAUUGGAUAGCGUUAUUCAGCCUUCAAAAAACUGAAGCCUGGUAUAAGUGACAUCCUAUAGCAAGUGUGACUGUAAAUUACAUUUUUUCUAUACCAUGAUUAGCAGGGGUGUAGCUAGCCUUUAACCCACUGCUUAACAGGAAUUUCUGUAAACAAUUUUUUUUGUAGCCGAGAGGCCAUAAUUUCUUUUUCUUUCUUUUCAAUAGCGAAUCACCAUUAUAUCGUUUUAUUUUGAAAAACAAAAUAAUGACUUUCAGUCUUACACAUGACAAAAUGCUGAAAGGUUAUUAACAAAGCAGAUCUUUGAAAUAGUUUUGCACACGAAAAUUUAGUUGACUGUUGUGUUUGUUUUGGACGUUGGCAAAAUUUUGAUAUACGACUUACACUGUAAAUUUUGGGCUCAAAUGGAAAAAAUGGCUGGCUACACCCCUGAUUAGGUUUUAUAUCACAGACCUUCAGAUUGCAGUACAAAUACAAGAUUGAGUACAAGACUUUCAAAUUUCAAUUUAGUUACAGGGUGGGGUAUGUCCCCGGAGACUUCACUUCUUGCCAUUGUUGACCAAUUGAACAGAGGACUUUCAGAAUAAGAUUGGUGUCAAAUGUGAGAAUGAAAAGAAUAGGUUCUUAGUUUGAAAACUUGUACUCCAUCAUAAUAAAUCUCAUGCUCCUACUCCAAUCUAAGGGUAGUUAUUGUUGUCUGCACAAUUAACUACAAAAUAUUACUCAAGGUUUUGAAGUAAAACAUGGAAAAAUUGAAAUAGACUCAUAUUGUACAUAAAUAUCAAAUAAUUUAGAAUAAAUAAUACUUGUUGCAGGAUAAAGGAACAAAGAAUAUCGACCCGUCCGAACAUCGAGAUUGAAUAUACAUGGAAAUAGAAUAAUAAAUAGUUGUUUGAUGGAUAAGAAAUUGAAGUGUUUUGCAGUAAUAAAGCAUCAA